AGGUUAGUUGAAUAUAAUAAAAGACCAGUAGGCCUCACCUCAGAGUUGAAGCUGUCCACGGGAUUUAGGUAAGGAGCUGUGACCGGAAAUUCUUGUAGCAAAGGAUUUUAUGUCUUGUUCUGGGAUUUGAUUCAAGUAUAGAACAUUGCUAGAUUCUAUAUAAGAUGAAACUAUUGAAUCUCAACAAUCGUAUAACUCCCCAAGUUGUGUGAAGUUUAAGGAAGGUUGGAAGUGAUCGUGUUGAUAAACGACAAACGGUGGGUGUGGCGUGCACCACCCCUGGACGAGACCCACAAAACAGCAUGGCCCCAGAAAAGCAAUUGCCCCCCGAUGACGUCGCUGUGUGAGCUAAAGCUAUCACGAAAGACCUCCUACUUCUAAAAGUCAGGUAGGUCAACGAGUUCGCCAAUGCCCUCACAAUGGCGGCGCAAUCAAGCUCAGUCCUCCGCCGGGCUCUUCUCUAUGUCCCGGCAUCCUCCCCCCGCAUGCUGACCAAGUCCCUCGGCCUAACCAGCGACAACAUAACCUACGACCUCGAAGACUCCGUCACCCCGUCCGCCAAACCCGAAGCCCGCGCCCAGCUACGCGCGCACCUCCUCGCCUCUCCCACGCGACCGCCCACUGUCUCCGAGCUCGCCAUCCGCGUGAACCCCGUCUCGUCACCGUACAUCGACGCGGACCUCACCUCUCUCGCCCCUUUGCCGAACAUCGACGCCGUCGUCGUGCCCAAGGUAAACAGCGCCUCCGACCUGCAAUACAUAAGCCAAGCGCUCUCGCACCACGCGCGUUCCCCGCAACGCGAGCCGCCCAAGAUCAUCGCGCUGAUCGAGUCGGCGCGCGCCGUAAUGGACCUGCGAUCGAUCUGCGCCGCGGCCCCGGGCGCGCUGAGCGGGUUGAUAUUCGCGGCGGAGGACUUCGCGCUGGACCUGUCCAUCACGCGGACGCCGGACCUGAAGGAGUUCCUGUACGCGCGGUCCGCGAUCGUGACGGCGGCGCGGGCGGCGGGGUUGCCGAGCGUGAUUGACCUGGUGUGCACCUCGUACAAAGGGGAGGCGGGACUCGCGCGGCUGGAGGAGGAGUGCCGGGGCGGCAAGGCGAUGGGGUUCAAUGGCAAGCAGUGCAUCCACCCGUCGCAGGUCGAGACGGUGCAGCGGCUGUUUGCGCCGUCGGAGAAGGAGGUCGAGUGGGCCGUUAGGAUCACCAUUGCGGACGAGAAAGCCGCCGCUGCGGGCAAAGGGGCCUGGACCUUGGACGGGGCUAUGAUUGACGCCCCUGUUGCCGGCAAGGCGAAGUCGAUAGUCGAUAAAGCGCAACGAUGCGGCAUAGAUGUGAAGAGCUUACAAGAAAAAUGGAAAGACCAGGAGCCCGAAUGAAUUGGGCAUCAAUACGAUUCGCUCUCAUAUGCACGCGUGGCUUACAAAUCC